GGGGGCGAGGGGACAGUGGCGGGGGCUGGGGCACGGGUGGCAGACGUGGGGACACGGCCUGGAGGUGACAGUGAGCAGGGACAAGGGGGUCCUGCGUGGGGUGAUGUGGUUGGGGGGCCCAGAGGAAUCACAGACCGGGGGGAUAAGGGUGGUGACAGAGCUCGAUAGAGGGGCGGCACUCCCAGGGGCACAAUGCCUGGGCUCUGGGGAGGGAAGAGGGUGGCAAGUCCCUGGAGGUGAUGUGUCUUGUGGAACCCUACGGAUGGAGAGGUUAUUGGAGGGGGGGUUCCAUGCCUGCACUGCCGCUCCCCCAUGCACCCAGGGCCUGGAGCGGACAGAGCAUGAGGGCUUUGGUGGGGGUAACACAGCCUGGGAGGAGGAGAAGCUGUCCAAGUACCAGCACAGUGAGACCCGUCUGCUGGAGGUGCUGGAGAGUGUCUGUGCCCCCUCAGACUUCGCCUGUCACCAGCUGCUGGAGCGAAGUGAGGAGCACGUGGAGCAGUGGUGGUUCCAUGAGCAGCAGCAGCACCCUGACUUUUUCCAGUGGCUAUGUGUGGACAGGCUGAUGCUUUGCUGCCCACCCGGCACCUACGGCCCGGACUGCCGGUCCUGUGCCGGUGGGUCCCGGCAGCCCUGCAGCGGCAAUGGGCGAUGCGAUGGUGACGGCACGCGCCGCGGCACCGGCCUCUGCGUCUGCAGCCCAGGCUACGGCGGCCCCUUCUGCGCCGAUUGCGGUGAUGGCUACUAUGAGGCCUCACGGAACAAGAGCCACCUCGUGUGUGCUGAGUGCUACCAGGCAUGCGGGCGCUGCACGGGUCCCGAGGACUCCAGCUGCCUUCGCUGCAAGAGGGGCUGGGUGCUGCAUGAGCACCGCUGCAUCGAUAUAGAUGAGUGUGGCACAGAGAUGGCUCAUUGCCGAGCCAACCAGUACUGCGUCAACACAGAGGGCUCCUACGAGUGCCGAGACUGCUCCACGGCUUGCAUCGGCUGCAUGGGCGCCGGGCCGGCUCGCUGCAAGAAAUGCAACAAGGGCUACUGGCGGGACGGAGCCAAGUGCCUGGAUGUGGAUGAGUGUGCCAGUGCUGAGGAGCCAGUGUGCACAGGGGUGCAGGAGGUGUGUGAGAACACAGAGGGCAGCUACCGGUGCAUCUGUGCCCAAGGCCACGUCCGCCGAGAUGGGCAGUGCGUGGAGGACAAGCCCCCUGAUGCCCCAGAGAAGGGCUUCUUUGAUGACGUGACUGAUGACGAGGUGGUGGUGCUGCAGCAGAUGUUCUUUGGUGUGAUGAUCUGUGCCCUCGCCACACUGGCUGCCAAGGGUGACAUGGUCUUCACCGCCAUCUUCAUUGGCGCCGUGGCUGCCAUGGCCGGCUACUGGCUCUCUGACCGCAGUGACCGUGUCCUCGAUGGCUUCAUGAAGGGCAGAUAGCUCUGGAGCUGCUGGGCACAAGCAGAGGGGCAGACUCAGCUUGGGGUGCAGGGCCUCCCACAAGCAGGGCUGGCUGCCAAGGCUGCAUCCUGUAGAUGAUGCUGUGCCCUGCAUGCGUCCCCCAGCCCCCCCCUUAGCAUAGGGUCUUGUUUUCCCUGUCCCUGCAGAAUGAGCCAGGAGUACCUGAUCUGGGGGCUCCCACACAGCCCCCUCUGGAUGGAGGGGUGAUGCCAGGCAGUGCAGCAUCGUGUGGGGGGCACAGCAUGCUGCCCCCAGCUCCUUGUGCUCUGGAGGAGGGAGAGGCCUGGCAUUGUGACAGGUGAGGGGGUGGAGGGGCAGGUGAGGGAGGGAACCUGCUAUCUGCUCCCAGGCUGGGGCUCCUGGCCCUGUAGGACUCCCCUCCCAUGAGGCCAUUCCCUGUGUGAGAGUGGGGGGGCUGGGUCCCUCUAUGUCCUGAGCUGUGCGGCCGGGAGAGCUGCCCCCCCAUCCCUGGGCAGAGCCCAUCUUCCCUCCCAGGUUGGGGGCCAGGGGCCCCUCACCACUGGCAGGGUGCUGUGCUGGUGAAGGGGCCCUGCUGGAUGCAUGAGUGUGGCCAUUGCAUUUGUCCGUGGUUUGUCCGUCAGGGUGUGCUCAUCUGUCCGUGUGUCCAUAUCUCAGGAAAUAAAAGCUCUGCACACCCA